AUGGUAUUCACCAUUAACACGAUGCUGCUGCCAAGCCAAAAAGACGUGCUGCCAAUCACUCAAAUGAGUAAUGUGGUAUAUGAAUUUCAGUGCCAUACGUCCCAAGGACUGAUGGAUCGUAUCAAACAGCAUGUCCCAGCCGUCAUUCACAACGCGCAAGACCACCGGCCGGACGUGCCCGAUUUGCCGCCUUCAACUCGGGCCCGCGUUUCCGCCAAGUGCCUUGGGAAGCUUUCGGCUCGGUUGAAGGUGCCAGGACGACGCCAGCUGCUGGCCCUUGAGGGCGGCUGCGGCCCCUCGCUGAGCCGUGAAGUUACCAAAUGCGCCAGGAAGGGGGUGGGGGAGCCCUGGGACUGUGGCCUCUUGCUGGACGGCCCCCGAAUGCAAUUUCACUUUGGGCCGGGGAAGAAUGUGCAGAACACGGCUGAACGUUUGAGGACUGGAGGUGGCCAGGCACAGCUCUCCAUAUUAAGCAGCUUCGAGCAGAAGGCCCUUGAACUGGAGAAGCACCAUGUACCCAGGUCUACUGGUGUUGGUGAGGCUGGGGCCAGCUUCCACCAGUGCGACAGAGAUUGGCCUUUGUUUGACAGUGUGCCUGAGGAGUGCAAAUGCAUCCUAAAACCUGCUCUGGUUACCUCUGAAGAUUCUGAUCUCAGUGAUGAUUCUGAGAAGAUCUUACGCUCUCACCAUAAACGGAGCAAGAGGAUGAAUAUUAGCAAAUACCACCAGUCCCCCGAAAACACACCUUCUGCAAAGAGAUUAGACAAGGAACUGGGAGUGGCAGUGUUUCAAAACAGAGCCAAACCUGAUGGGCCCUUUCCUCAGGAAAAUAGCCACCCGCUCUACACCUCUGAGGAAGUCUUGUCUGCCAGUGAAGAAGAUUUUGAACUAGAACUUGUAAAUCAGUUUCUUAUGGCCACAACUCAAAUGAUGUCAAGUGGCAAUACAUCCAGAAGCCAACAAUGCUUCUUAAUCUCUGGUGAGGAACUCCAUUCUUCCAGAAGCCAACAGUGUCUUCUCAUUUCUACUACCGAAUCCUUGCAGUCUACACAUCAAUCUAAUUCCAUUGCUCCUACCAUAGUAAACCAGCUUCAUGAUGGGAAUGCCUGUUCUCAACCCAACAUCACAUGGGACAUGGAGAGCUAUGCAGAAAAUGGCCUUGACAGUGACUGUUAUAAAAACCAUAUAGAGAUGGCCAAAGGUGACCAUUUAGAUGUUGGACUUGGAUGCACGCAAGACAUUCAAGUGCACGGGAAAGAUCCCAAGGCCCUCCCAGAAUUGUGGGGAGGCACACAGGUUCAAGGCCAGCACAACAUGGCCAGACGAACUGCUGCUCACAGUGACAGUCAAAGUCAAAGCACCUUGGAGGAGGAUACGGAUACUCAGACUUCUGUCACCGUAUCAGAUGUCAACCAGUUUCCAAUAAGCACGGAAUGUUCACCUCAUUUGGAAUUAAUGCCAGCAGCAGAAGGGAAAGGCGAGGAAGAUUAUUCCAUCACGGUCCCCGAAAGUUAUGAUUAUUUUUAUGAGGAUUUCGGGGCGGAAGAGGGUGAAGAUUUAUUUUUCUUGCGUGUGCCUUCUGUGUUCAAGCGUGUAAAGCGAGGGGGCUGUGAUCCCAGGAAAAUUAAUUUAUUGGCCGUGAUUCAGUCCUUGGUACGUAAAUACUUGCAUCCAACAAAGCAAGGGCAAACAGCAAUGGUGUCUGCCAAGAAUUCGAACACAUCUGAAAGCACAAAGGUUGAUGGCAAUUCUGACCUUGGAUCGCUAAAUAAUGCAUUAGUGAAAUAUUCGGAAGGUGAUGGAAGUCAGACUAUGAUGGAAAGCGCCAUACAAAGAGGGAGAAGACGCUCCUGUCUUUCCUGUACUCAAAAAGAUUUAUGUUUAUUCUGCUUUGCUUGUGCAUCCUGGGCAAUGAAAUCUGCAACUUCCCAGUCAGAUAUGUGGAAAGCUGCAUUGCUGGUGAACAUCAGCGCCAUCUCUGUGGUGAGAUACUUCAGGACGCAUGCAAAACGAGAAAAUUCAAAGUUCUUGGCGCUCCAGGGUCCCUAACGAAAAGACCCUUGAGAAGAACGAGUAUUCAGGGAUUCAGUCCAGAAAGCUGUAGAAUUAAACAAUGAUUCAAAAUCCAAGUGUUUGGCUGUAACCUUGCGCGAUAAUGUAAAGCAGCUGGCGAUGAAGCAACCUGUUCCACACCUCUCCCAAUUUUUGUAUCCAUGAUGUAAAACACAGCAACCAUUUACUACCAAUGGUUUUACGCCAACAGGCAAAGUUGCCCUUUCGUGCCUGACAGGAAACAAGUCUGACUAUUGGGGCUACCAAGGUUUGCAUUUUUUAUUUGGAAGUGGAAAUCUGGCAAAAUGAGUCAGAAUUUGGCAGUGACAUUCACGAGUGCUUUUUCCCAGUCAGUCAAUUCCCCCCUAUCGUUACUGCGCUUACUCAGCUUAAUAUGAAGCUGUGAGAAACCACGGAUAAGAAAAAAGGUAUUGCAAAUGAGGUCAUGACAGGCUUUUAUCAGUGUACACAAACGAACACUUUUGUUGGGAGACCUAUUCCUGUCAUGCGCAGAAAGGUACUAAACGAUGAAUCGGACCACAGUUUGCCAAGCAUGUUUACCUGAGGCAGAAGAAUAUUUGCAGGACUGGUGAAACAGCUUUGGCACUCAUUGCAUGGAGAGAUAAAUCGAGACGGGGGGAAAAAAUCAAUAUCAAAAGAAGGUAGAAAGAAAGACUUGCAUUUGUAUAGCGCCUUUCGUGACUUCAAGACAUCCCAAAGUGCUUCACGGCCAAUAAAAAUACAUUUCGAAGUCUAA